AAUCGCUGUGAGUCGACGCGCACGACUGUGGCGACGCCUCGACGCGACCUCUCGGCGACUCGGCGACUUCUCGCCAUGACGUCCAUGGAGCCGGCGGCGUCGGUCUUCGCGCACAUUUCGCCCAUCAAUAAGGACAGAGGCGCGACGUCCGUCUUCCCGCUCGUGCGGAGCCCGCAGCGGCGCCCCGGCGGCUCGCGGGACCCCGUCGACGAGGAGGCCGGCGUCGCGCGCGGCGCUCCAGGGCCUCGCGGCGAGGGCGGGACCUGCGCGAACGCGCUCCUCGCGUUCGCGUACAUCUUCGUCUCCGGUAGCAUGAUCCUCAUCAACGCGGGCCUCGUGCGGCGCGCGUUCCCCUACCCGAGCCUCCUCGCGUGCCUCCACAUGACGUCGAACGCCUGCCUCGUGCGCGUCGUCCUCGUCGCGCGCCGCUGCGGCCGGCCGAAGGACCCGCUCGUGCAGCAGGUCGACCGGCGCAUCGUUCUCUACGGCUUCCUCCCCGCGGCGCUCGGCACCGUCGCGUCGCUGUCGCUGGUCAACUCGUCGUACCGCCACUGCUCCGUGUCCCUGGCCCAGGUCAUCAAGUCGACGAACGUCGUCUGGACCUACGCGGCGUGCCUCGUGCUGGGGUUGCGGACGUUCUCGCUGCUGGACUUUUCGAACCUGUUCCUCAUCGUCGCGGGCGUCUCCGUGGCCUGCGUCGAGGGGCCGAAGACGGGCUGCUCGACCUACGGCGUGUUCCUGGCGUUUAGCGGCAUCGUCGUCGAGGGGUUCCGCCUGGCGGCCAUGGAGAAGCUCCUCGCGUCGCGGCACAUCGUCCUCUCGCCGACGACGUACCUCUACUACGUGGCGCCCGUCAACGCCGUCGGCCUGUUCCUCGUGGCCGUCGCCACGGGCGAGUGGACGGCCUUCGCGGCCGCGGGCUACGCGACGCCGCCGCUGCGCGUGCUCGCGCUCAACUGCGCGUUCGCGUUCGCGCUCAACGGGCUGGGCCUCGUCGUCAUCCGGCGCCUGCGGGCCGUGUCCUUCGUCCUCUCGGGCAUCGUCAAGGACGUCGUCCUCGCGUCGGCGUCGCACGUCGUCUACCGCGAGCGGCGCACGCCCCGGCAGAUCUACGGGUAUACCGCGGCGCUCCUGGGCCUCUUCUACUACCAGUGGCGGCGGAUCCCGGAGUCGCGGCUCGCGCGGACGCCGUCGGGGGACGGCCUCAGCCGCGCCGCCGCGGUCGUCGACGAGAAGAAGGCGCGGAAGCGGACGGCCACGUAAACACCGGAUUAGGCG